AUGCAGACUGCAGGAGGAGGUGGUCCAAGACAGGAGAGGAUGCUCCCUCAGCCUGAUGUGUUUUCAAGGCUGCUUGAUACCAAAGGAUUGAUCUCUCAAGACUUUAACCUCCUGUUUGGGCCAGAAACAGCAACACGACUCCUUAAAAACUGGCCUACGUCUUAUAAAGAAAAGGUCAUCAGUGCAGCAGAGAACCUUACUACCACUCCCGUUCUCCAGAGUUUGCUUAAGUCUGCCUGGAAUCCAAGAGACAAUGAACCUUCACAGGAUCACUCGGAGUGGGACAGUGAUAUGGCAUCUUUCCUGCUGCUUCUACACAUCCUCCCACCUCAGCCUACUAAAAAGACCAUGCUCAAGAUCAGCGCAGCUCAGGCCAUGGAUCAUCUAGUUGUCUUUCACAAGUCAUGCCAGAGCGUCGAAGAACACCCAAAGAACCAGGAGGGAAACCAUCAGCCAUACCUCCUUGCUUCUGGAACCAGCAAACAGGCCAUCAGCAAUUACUACUUUUUGAUGGACAAGAAGCUCAUCCCCUGCCAGGGAACCACAUCGUUGGCAGCCAUUGAUGAACUUUUAAAAACUCACUUCAUUUUCAGUGUAAGCUACAAAGAUGCACUCAGCAGCAUGUAUACAUUCCUCCAGACAACGGUCUAUGGUAUUGAUGUUGACACCACAAAAGAGAAUCCUAAGGUGAAGGAAUUGAGAGCCAAGUUCAUGAAUAAGAGUUAA